AUGUUUGUGUACGCUUCAGUGUUAGGAAUCGCUAGAACUAAAAAUAGAAAACCACUAAUCGAUGGAGCUGGAACUUUGCAGCGGAUAUUUCAAAUAUCCUAUAAUAAAAAUAAUGUACAUAUUCUCAGGUGGAGUGAAUUAAGACACCCCAACAGCACGAUCUUUCAAAAUGAAACAUUGCAGCUACCACAAAGUAACAUCACACUUAGGGGACAUUUUCGAUCGAUGACAUUUUUUUAUCAGGUCGAAAAAGAAAUUCGGAGAGAAUUCACAUUUCAACCGGAACUUCAAGAAAUAGCGAUUGAAUUCCAUAGAAAUAUUAAGAGUGCAUAUCCAUUGGUAACUAUUGUUGGUCUACAUGUAUACAGAGAGAAAACCCGCAGAUCAAUAAACACAAAUUUAAAUGUAGCACCACUGUCUUACUAUAUUAAAGCUGUGAAGUUAAUGAGCACGUUGAUAUCCAGCAGAGCUAUGUUCAUCGUCAGUAGUGACGAUCCGCAGUGGUGCAGGAAUAAUUUAAUUAUUCAGCAAGAAGUGAUAUUUCUCGACGCAGGUAUGCCUGAAGUACAUUUAGCUAUAUUAGCUAGAACAACCCAUAUAAUCAUCUCGACUGGAUCAUAUGGGUGGUGGGCAGCUUGGUUAGCUGAUGCAGUGACAGUCUAUUACAAUAGAAAAACUCAGGAAUCAUCAGACACCAAUUACUUUCCUAGCAAUUGGAUUGGUAUUGGCAAUUAA